GGACAAACAGGAUCGAUAUCCAGUAAGCACGGAAAUGGCUUCCAUAUCCACAAUAACCACCUCCUCCUUUAUUUCUCUCCAAGCAAUUUCCCGCCCUAAAUCCCCAAAAUCUAACCCUAUCCCUAGCAAAGCCUCACCAAGAAACCCUAAUUCCAACCGAAACCGCAAGCUCAAACCUCAAAAGGCAAAAUUCAAAUCCCCGCCUCAGACAAUCACUUCCACCGCCGGCGAAGCCACUAGUUACACUUGCUUACCUCCUCUAGAAGACUUCACAGUCCCGUCGUUGAACCUAGGAUCUAGACCACCAGAAGAAAUCAAGCUCUCUGAUGCUAAUGUAGUCAAACAGGAUAGUGACAGUGAAUCGCAGCGUUUGGGGACCGAAGAUGGAAUGGAUGGUGAUUUACGUGUGGAUUACGGGCGAUUUGAAGUUAAUACACAUUUCGAAGAGGACGCGGAUUAUGAGUAUGAAAGCGAGGAGGAGGAGGAAGAAGAAGAAACAGUGAAUGGCAAAAGUGUUAAUAGUUAUAAUAGUGAUGGUUUUUAUGAAGGAGAAGAGUUGGGGGAGUUUGCUGACGGAGAGAAUGUGAGUUUGUCAGAUUUCGAGGGUGAAGAAGAAGGUGUGAAGGAGAAGGGAGUGCCGGCUGUAAUGCGGUGUUUUGACCGGGCGAAAAUCUAUGUCAAAGCCGGAGAUGGUGGGAAUGGAGUGGUGGCUUUUCGGCGCGAGAAAUUUGUGCCACUGGGAGGACCGUCGGGAGGGGAUGGAGGGAGAGGAGGGAACGUGUAUCUAGAAGUUGAUAGCUCGAUAAAUUCUUUAUUGCCAUUUAGGAAUAGAGUGCAUUAUAGGGCGGGGAGAGGGUCUCACGGUCAAGGGUCAUGCAUGGGUGGAGCGAAAGGAGAGGAUAUCGUGGUGAAAGUGCCGCCGGGGACGGUUGUUAGGGAGGCUGGGAAUGAGGAGGUUUUGUUGGAGUUGUUGUCUCCAGGACAAAGGGCUUUGGUUUUGCCUGGUGGGAGAGGCGGGAGAGGGAAUGCUGCAUUUAAGUGUGGGAGUAAUAAGGUACCUAGGAUUGCCGAAAAUGGUGAAGAGGGUUCGGAAAUGUGGUUGGAGCUGGAGCUAAAGCUGGUCGCUGAUGUUGGAAUAGUGGGUGCUCCAAAUGCUGGGAAAAGCACACUUUUGAGUGUCAUAAGUGCUGCACAGCCAGCAAUAGCGAAUUAUCCUUUUACUACUCUACUUCCUAACCUGGGUGUAGUUUCAUUUGAUUAUGACUCUACAAUGGUAGUAGCAGACCUUCCAGGUUUACUUGAAGGAGCACAUCGGGGUUUUGGCCUAGGUCACGAGUUUCUACGACACACAGAAAGGUGUUCUGCCCUGGUACAUGUUGUUGAUGGAUCUUCACAGCAGCCAGAAUUCGAAUUUGAUGCUGUUCGUCUUGAGCUGGAAAUGUUUAGUCCUGAACUUGCGGAGAAGCCUUAUGUAGUUGCCUAUAACAAAAUGGACCUUCCAGAGGCAUAUGAAAACUGGCAGUUAUUCAAGGAAAAGCUAGAAGCACGUGGGAUUGAGACUUUUUGCAUGAGUGCUGUGAAGAGAGAAGGGACACAUGAAGUGAUUUGUGCUGCUCAUAAGCUUCUGCAAGAAAGUAAAGAAGCCAAUAAGGGGUCUGAAGGUUGGACCCAUCCGAUAAAUUUGAAUCAUGUAGCUGAUAUGGUACAAAGGCAGCGAAGAGCUCCUAUUAAUGACUUUGAAAUCUCUUAUGACAAUGCGUCUAAAACAUGGCAAGUAGUUGGGGCUGGAUUGCAACGUUUUGUUCAGAUGACAAAUUGGCGAUAUAAAGAUUCUGACACAAGAUUCCAACAUGUGUUGGAGGCUUGUGGCGUGAACAAGUCACUCUUGAAGAUGGGAGUCAAGGAAGGUGACACUGUGAUUGUUGGAGAGAUGGAAAUGGUGUGGCAUGACUAUCCUCAGAGGUCUGGUCUAUCGAAAGUGAAGAGGGGGUCAUUUGAUCCAACCAAAUGGCCAGAGUGGAAGUAACCCUCCAGUUCUUAAUACCAAGAGGAUAUCUGAAGCUGGAGAUUUUGCACUCAAUCUUUCAAAUUAAUGGAGUUGCCUCUAGCAAAGGAAAAUGUAAGUGGAGUUCAAAGCUCAGGUGGCCCAAUCCUGUUGUUGAUAAUGAGAUCUCUUGAGAUAGUGAACUUGAAUCAUAGAUUCAGUACAAAGUGCUAGAGGUCAGUGAUCAAAUCAUUUAUUCUUUUGUUAUUAGCAGGGGCAAUUGUUUAGUCAAUCAUGCUUAAAUUGUAAUAACUAAAUAGGUGGUUUGCGCUACGCCGCGGGCCUGGUUAAAUUUUUCCCAACGUAAAAAAGGGAAUGUUCAGGCAAA